UACUUUUGGCGUGCCGUUGCGGGGUGGAAGGCCGACAAAUGGCAGUGGCCUUUCGGGCCGGUGCAGUAGUGCCCGGGUACACGCCUCGACCGCGGCAUCCAGGGCGCCGAAUGGUCAAACUUACCAGCAGUAUGUAGUAUCCUAGGACGCAAACAGAGGAACGCGGUUAACCGUGAUAAAAAAUCACCCCGCUUGUACGAUCCGGGGCGUUUGCUCCUCUCCCUAAGCUAUGUGCAUCCUUCUCCUCACUUACAAGAGGCGUCCUGUGAUAUGUUUUCCCCAGUUGCUACAGCAGCGUCAGUGGAAAAUAACGGCAAGAUCAUCACCUUUUCGAGGAAAAGCUGCUACCCCAGCCAAAUAUCGAACUCGAACAACUAAGCUACUAUCGACAACCACCUGUUUCAGGCUCGCACACAUACCCAUCAUGUCUACCGCCGAAACAACGGCCAGCGACCAGGAUGCCAACCCACCUCCGUUUGACGUCCUGAAGGAAUUCCCGAUGCGUGGUCAUCUCCAACAAUUUCGACUCGCCAAGGUCACCAAGUUCACCUGCGAUCGCUGCAACAAAGAGAAGACAUCAAAGCUGGUAGUCACGAAAGAUGGAAACUGGGAGAAGCUCAUGUGUAACGGCUGUUACGGUUUCCUUCUCAAGGACGGUUCACCCCAGCCGUCACAGCAGUGACGGGGCUAAUGUAACCUCAUGGCUGUGCGUGCCGUGGUGGCGAGAGCAAUGUGAAGGUAGUACAAGGCAGCAAGGCUGAUGAGUGCGAAGGAUUCCCAUCUUCGGUCAUCUGAGCGGUGGAGCUAUCGAUCUACGAAUAUACUUACCUAAUCCGUGGCAUUUGUUGGUUUGUUUCGGCGAUGUCA